ACAAACAAACAAACAAUGUUAUUUCUUUCUUAUUCUUUAAUACUUUCAUUUCCUUUUCUCUAACAUCAAUUGUAAGCUUUCCUUAGACAUGGAAGACAAAGUCCACAGCAUGCUGAAGCUAAUCGAAGAAGACGGAGACUCCUUCGCAAAGAGAGCCGAAAUGUACUACAAAAGAAGACCCGAGCUAAUAAACUCCGUCGAAGAAACUUACCGAGCAUUCAAAGCAUUAGCCGACCGAUACGACCUCUUAUCAAAAGAGCUCCAAAACGCAAACCACACAAUAGCGACCGUAUUCCCGGAGCAAGUCCAAUUCGACAUGGACGAGGACGAAGAUUGCCUCACGCCGAAGAAAAUCCCCAAAAACCCUCAAAUAAUCCCGACCGUCAAUCCACCGAACGUGCCCAAAGUUCCAAAGGCGCCGAUCGAGAAUCUCAAAGGUCUCAUAAGUACCGCCAAGAACCAACUCAAGAAAUCGUCCAAGGAGACAAAAGUUGCGGCCACAGUAAAACCCGUGGUGAAGUCCGGAUUGAGCAAGGACGAAGCUCUCGUGGAGAUCAAUAAGCUCCAUAAGGAUAUUUUGGCUUUGCAGACGGUUAAGGAGUUUGUGAAGAGCUCGUACGAGAGUGGGCUCGCUAAGUAUUGGGGGAUCGAGAAUCAGAUUAUGGAGAUGCAGGAUAAAGUUUGCAGGUUGCAGGACGAGUUCGAUGUGGAAACAGUCAUCGAGGACAACGAGGCUCGGACGUUGAUGGCCGAGGCGGCGCUCAAAUCGUGCCAAGAAACUCUAGCCGCUUUGGAAGAGAAACAAGAGAAGUCCACUCAAGAAGCGAAGGAGGAGUUCAAGAAGAUCGAAUCCGCGCAAGAACUAAUCAAGUCCAUCAGGCGCGAUUACAUAAAAGAACCAACCAGCGAAGAAAAGCCGAGCAGAGCAGAAGAAGGCGACGCUAACAAAACCGUAAGUGAUUCGGUACAAGGGUCGAAUGUAGUUAGUAGCCGAGAUGCGGGCCCCGCAGGGACUCUGACAGUGACUGAGCUGGCGGAGAAGAUUGACGAGUUGGUGAAUAAGGUGAUCAACUUAGAAACCGCGGUUUCAUCGCAGACAGUUCUCAUCAACACGUUGAGAACCGAAGCCGACGAUCUCCACGCGCAGAUCAAGAAUCUCCAAAACGAAAAGGAGACUUUGAUCGGCGAUACGCAAAAUUUGAGCGCACGAGUGAAAGAAAUGGAGGAUAAACUAAAGAGAAUCCAAGAUCUCAACAAGAACGUGGUGACCCAAAACACUAAUCUCCAAACGAACUUCGCCGAAGCUCGUUCGAGCCUUGACCACCUCUCGGAGAAGCUCGGUAGCGUAAAGCCGGACGAGGAAUUCGAGGAAACUACAUCGUCGUUGUCUGAAAACGAGGGGCAUGUUGUUAUUAAAGAAGAAAUAGAUGCUCGAACUCCGACGAAAGACGAAAAAGAUGCUCAAGUUCCGAUGAAAGACGAAAAACAUGUUAAGGAGAGUGAAAAGAGCAUCACCGAGGAGGUGAAAGAAGUCGAUACAAAUGUUGCGAGUACUUCUAGGGCGGCCCCACUAGAGAAAAUGCAACAGGAGGUGGCGCCUAAACAAGAAGAAGGAGAAGGAGUGAAAAAACCGGUUAAAAAAACGGUUACAUUUCUUGACGAGAAAUCGAAAGAAGUAGUAGUGGACGAGUCGCCUGUAAAAUCCGAAAGCGAAAAAGGCGAGACGAAGAAAGAAGGCGCUCUUAACUGGCAGCAGAUGCUAUUGAAUGGGGCCGAGGAUGGAGAGAAGAUCCUCAUAAAGGAAUAUGCCGAUCUUCUCAAGAACUUCAAAGACGUCAAGAAGAAGCUAAACAACACGGAGAAGAAAGAAAAGGACAGCAUAUUCGAUAUCACCAUCCAAUUGAGAGACCUAAAACAAGCUCUCCAUAAACGCGAUCAAGAAAUCCACCGUCUCCAUCAACAGCUAAACAACGUCAACAACAACAACAACAACAAUAAUAAUAGUGACAAUAAUAACAAUAACGAUGUCGAAAAUGAAGAGAAGGAUCGAAGUGUAAAACCCGAAGAAUUUCAACAAGAAGAAGAAGAAGAUAUAAAUUCGGUUUCGGUCGGCGCAAAUCCAGCACCGCUCUCGAUCAUCGAGGAGAAGCUCCGGCUAGAAAUAGACGCAAUACUCGACGAGAAUCUUGAUUUCUGGCUAAGAUUCAGCACGACGUUCCACCAGGUGCAAAAAUUCAAGAGCGAAGUGCAGGACUUGCAAGAAGAGAUAUCGAAGCUAAAGGACAAAAGGAGGAACCAAGAAGGGUCAAUCACGGCCCAACAAAAAUCCGAGGCCCGGCCCAUUUACAAGCACCUCCGCGAAAUUCAGACAGAGCUCACCGUAUGGUUAGAGCAAAGCUAUACCUUAAAAGACGAGCUGAAACGGAGGUUCGCCUCUCUGUGCAACAUCCAGGAGGAGAUAAUGAAGGCACUCAACGAAGGCGUCGAGGAAGAAGAGAUUAGCUUCAGCAGUCAUCAAGCUGCGAAACUGCAAGGCGAGAUAUUGAAUAUGAAGCAAGAGAAUAAUAAGGUGAGAGAAGAGCUGCAGUCGGGUCUAGACCAUGUUAGUACGCUUCAAAUGGAGAUAGACAAGACUUUGAGAGAGCUGAACCAAGAGUUUGGUGUGUCGAGCGAUCAGCCGAAGCAGCUGCAGCAAUCUAUGAGCAGGUCGCGGGUCCCGCUUAGGUCGUUCAUAUUCGGGACCAAGGCGAAGAAGCAGAAGCACUCGCUUUUCUCGUUUAUGCAUCCGAACAGGAAGUUCCAUGUUGUGAGAGCUGGUGUGCCCCUCUCCAAUCAGUGAUUUUUCUGUCGGGUUUUCAAAAAAAAAACAUGGAUUUUAUUGUAUUUUAGAAGUUCAUAUAUAUAUGUGCAGAUAGUUCACCAACUUUUUUUUUUUUUUAAAUUGCUGUAUUGGUUUUCUGAAGCAAGAAUUGUAAACUAUCGGAUUCUUGUAGUCUGUAAAGCAGGAAACCGUCGUCCGUUUUUUUUUUUUUUUGUCUGUGUGUUUUCGUUCUACUAGCUCUAUCAGAUUCUCGUAUUCUGUAAGAAGGAAUACUUUGUUUUUCGUUUUUUUCUUUCUCGUGUUUUCUCUCAUUUUUUUAAAUUUAAAUCAUUAGCCUACAUAAUAUAAUAUAUAUAUAGGGAUUGUCGUAAUAGUAAAAGCCAGUCUAACAUCAUGCAAAGAACAAGCUCAAUUUCGAUAUUUAUGCGAAAACAUUUCACUUAACAUGCUGCAAAUCGCAGUUCAGAACCAACAAAGAGAAGGUGUCGAAAACUUAUCUCUGAAGUGGAAAACGAAUAAUACC